GUUUAUAUCCAGGUCGAGGGUUUGUUUCUUCCUAUCGCUCGCAAACUACGGUUGCGUUUGUUUAUAGAGAAGAAGAGAACACACCUGAACGAUCGACAAUGUCUGGAAGAGGCAAAACCGGAGCAAAGGCCCGCGCCAAGGCAAAGACCCGUAGCUCCCGUGCUGGUCUGCAAUUUCCCGUGGGCCGUGUCCACCGUCUCCUCCGCAAAGGUAACUACGCUGAGAGAGUGGGCGCCGGCGCACCCGUCUACCUGGCCGCCGUGCUCGAGUACCUCACCGCUGAGAUCCUGGAGCUGGCCGGCAACGCCGCCAGGGACAACAAGAAGACCCGUAUCAUCCCUCGCCACCUCCAGCUGGCUGUUCGCAACGACGAGGAGCUCAACAAGCUGCUCGGCGGCGUGACCAUCGCCCAAGGCGGCGUCCUGCCCAACAUCCAGGCCGUCCUGCUGCCCAAGAAGACCGGCCAGUCUGCCCCGAGCUCCGGCAAAGCGGGAAAGAAGGCCUCCUCUCAGUCACAGGAGUAUUAGCUGUCUGGCUAAUAACUAGAAACACAAAGGCCCUUUUAAGGGCCACCCACUCCUCAUUGAAAGAGCAAUCUCUCUCCUUUAUCUCUGCCUUGUUCCAUAUUUCGCAUGAUUAUUAUUUUAAAUAAACCUUUGUUUUUAUAAA